AUGGCCAUCAGCGAGGGCGGGCUCUUGACCGACGAGAUUCGGUGCAAAGUGUGGCCGAAGCUGCUGAGUGUUAAUACAGACGACCUGCCCCCUCUUCCAGCAGGAAAGGAGCUGCGAGAGGAUAACAAGGAUUACCAGCAGGUGUUAUUGGACGUGCGGCGAUCCCUGCGCCGCUUCCCGCCAGGGAUGCCGGAUGACCAGAGGGAAGGCUUGCAGGAGGAGCUCAUCGAUAUCAUCCUCCACGUCCUCAAGCGCAACCCCCAGCUACACUACUACCAGGGCUACCAUGACAUCGUGGUCACCUUCCUCCUGGUUGUGGGGGACAGACUGGCCACGGCACUGGUGGAAAAGCUCUCGACGCAUCAUCUCAGGGAUUUUAUGGACCCAACGAUGGAUAAUACCAAGCACAUUUUAAAUUACCUGAUGCCCAUCAUCGACCAGGUGAACCCUGAGGUGCAUGACUUCAUGCAGAGUGCGGAGGUGGGGACCAUCUUUGCUCUCAGCUGGCUCAUCACCUGGUUUGGGCACGUUUUGUCCGACUUCAGGCACGUCGUGCGAUUAUAUGACUUUUUCCUGGCCUGCCACCCCCUGAUGCCCAUUUAUUUUGCUGCUGUGAUCGUGCUGUACCGCGAGCAGGAAGUUCUGGACUGCGAGUGCGACAUGGCCUCCGUCCACCACCUCCUCUCCCAGAUCCCGCAGGACCUUCCGUACGAGACGUUGAUCAGCAGAGCUGGAGACCUGUUUGUCCAGUUCCCACCAUCCGAACUAGCCAGGGAGGCAGCUCAGCAGCAGGCUGAACGAACCGCGGCUUCCACUUUUAAGGACUUUGAGUUGGCAUCAGUGCAGCAGAGACCAGACACUGUGUUGAGACAGCGCUUCAGAGAGCGGCUCCGAGGGGAAGAACGGACAAAAUCCAUCUUGACAAAGCCCAGGACCAACCGCUUUGUCAAGCUGGCGGUGAUGGGGCUGACGGUGGCGCUGGGGGCGGCUGCCCUGGCCGUGGUGAAGAGCGCGCUGGAGUGGGCUCCCAAGUUUGAACUGCAGAUAUUCCCCUGA